UUUAGGAAACCGCAUUUCCUCGAGCUGCCUGAAAAUCUAAGUACCCCGCUUCCGGUAGAAAGAGGAAAAGUGAGCGGAGCCCGAGUCGCGCUGCCAGAUUCAUCCACUGAGCCGACGGGGCGAGAUCGGAAGCACGAGCAGUCGCGCAAGCCUUAUGGUGCAAUACCACAUAGCAUCUUGAAAUAACGAAGACAGCAUGGAUUUUCUAUAACCACAUCAAAGGAAAGCCUGGUUUUCAACAUAUUUAGAACUCCACUGCACAUGAUGUUACAGGGGAAAAAUGAUGGAUGCUCCGGAGUACUUGGAUUUGGACGAAAUUGAUUUUAGUGAUGAUUUAGCUUAUUCGGUGACAUCUUUAAAGACAAUUCCGGAGCUGUGCAGAAGAUGUGACUCUCAGAAUGAGGAAAGACAAGUUUCAGGCACCAACUGGAGUUGUGGUAUGUUGGCGCUCAACAACAGCGGACUCAAACCUACCGGCAUUGCAGAUGUUUACAGUAAAUUUAGGCCAGUUAAAAGAGUUUCACCUCUUAAACACCAACCUGAAGACACCGAACUUGAAACAGACAGUAAAGAGCAGGAUCAGAAAGUCGACAGCCACAAAGAUGACCCUUCUGAAAAGCUAUAUCAGUCCUGCAGUACUUGUCCCAGUGAAGGACUUGGGUUCAAAAGCAAAGACGGGGGGUGUGGCCUCUUAUUUGGUGAGCUUGAACAUUAUGACUUGGAUAUGGAUGAGAUUCUCGACGUGCCUUACAUUAAGUCGAAUCAGCAGCUCUCUUCCUUAUCAAAGGUAGCAGGAGAGAAAAGAACUGUGGGUGUAAGUUCCAAUGACAAAGGUCAUAGCAACAAGACCUGCUCUGUGAUCAGUUCCGAGAAUCUGCCAGCCAGCAUGACACAGUUCUGCGUUCUGGCCCCUGUGAGAGGCUCAGAGCUGAGAAAAGCACAAGCCAUUGUUGCAGACCAGCACAGGCACACGGCAGGAGGAUUAGAGCUGCCUCAGAGUUUGCUUGGUUGCACCUCCCUUCUUGACGCAGAUGCUCAGGCAAAAAACUUUUCAAACAGAACAUUUGCAGAUCCUCUUGGUCAUAAAGCCGACAAGACGAUGCCUAAUUGCCAACCCAGGUCGUUUCAGGUGCAAAAUUCAUUGGUGGACGGAAAGCUCGAUGAGAACAGCAACAGAACUAGGACCAAUCUGGGAGAGAAGAGUGAGGAUGCGAAGAAAGUGAAAAGUAUACUUAACAUUGUCAGGGAAGGACAGAUUUCAUUAUUGCCACAUUUAGCAGCUGAUAACCUGGAAAAAAUCCAUGAUGAGAAUGGAAACAAUCUGUUGCACAUCUCAGCUUUGCAAGGACAUACAGACUGUUUACAGCACCUCACGUCACUAAUGGGAGAAGACUGCCUAAAUGAGAGAAACAAUGAGCAACUCACUCCAGCUGGACUGUCGAUCAGGAAUGGACAUUUAGAAUGUGUUCGCUGGAUGGUGAGUGAAACUGAAGCCAUAGCAGAACUGAGCUGCACAAGAGAUCACCCCAGCCUUAUUCACUAUGCAGCAUCCUAUGGUCAGGAAAAGAUCCUUUUGUGGCUACUUCAGUUCAUGCAGGAACAAGGAAUUUCGUUAGAUGAAGUUGAUCAAUAUGGCAACAGUGCUGUACACAUUGCUUCCCAACAUGGUCAUCUUGGAUGCUUACAAACACUGGUGGAGUAUGGCGCUAAUGUGACCAUUCAAAAUCAACAAGGAGAGAAGCCAUCCCAGUGUGCUGAACGACAAGGGCAUGUUACCUGCUCCCGCUACCUAGUUGUUGUGGAAACCUGCAUGUCUCUUGCAUCUCAAGUCGUGAAGCUAACCAAACAGCUCAAAGAACAUGCUGCUGAAAGAGUUACACUACAACGUCAGCUUCAGCAAUUACUGGAAACACAACGUAUGGAAGAGGGAACACCCAAUGGUUCACCUUGUUCACCUUUAUCACCUUCAGCUACCAGACCUCAAGUGCCCUUUUCUCCUGAACAGAAUGCACCCGAGUCAGGGAACUCAGCACUGCCAAGAAGUUGCAUCAGCAGUCUGGUCAAUAGACGGCUGAUAAAACAGAAAGAGGAGGACGCUGAUAAAAUCUUGCGCCAGCUGCUUGGGAAAGAGAUUGUGGAUAAUGUCUGCACUCAAGAAAAGCUAUCUUUAGAGUUUCAAGAUAGGCAAAAAGAGGGGGCUGGAGCUGGUCCCAGAAUAUUAAGAAGGAUGCCAGCAGAAAAAAGAGAACUUAAGAUUGCCAGGCUGAGGCAGAUUAUGCAGAGGUCACUUAGUGAGUCAGACACUGACAACUACAAUUCAGAAGAGCAGAAGAACACUCCGGCAAAGAGAGCAGACAAACCUCGGCCACAACCGAUUGUAGAAAAUGUGGAAUCUGCUGAGAAUUUACACUUAAUGAUAAGAAAGCACACAACAAAUUCUGGAAAAAGAUAUGCCUUUGCUACUGGAUUGUCAAAGUCCAUGGAUGGGCAAAGUCCAUCGCCUACUUCUGAAAGUAGUGACCCUGAUUUUGAGUUGCUGUACCAAAGUGGAAGCCUACCUAGAACCUGUGCUACUGGUGAAGUACCUCCAUCAGAUGGGCAAAAGAGUACCACAAGUCCAAAAAGUGCCCUCAAAUCACCAUCUUCAAAACGCAGGACUUCUCAAAACUUGAAACUUAGGGUAACCUUUGAAGAACCUGUUGUGCACAUUGAGCAAACUGAAGGUGACUCAAACAGUAACAAAAAUAAAGAGAGUGAGAAAAAUGCAUCCAGAACUUCAGGCAGCGAAUCUGGUGACUCCUGGAAAAGGCCUUUUGGAACAUUUCGAUCCAUCAUGGAGUCACUGAGUGGAAACCAGAACAAUAACAACAAUAACAAUAAUAAUCAUAGUAACAAUAAUUACCAGGCAGCUAAUAUUAUGAAGACCUCCGCUUCUGGUUUACUUGCUCAUCACAUAGGAAGGAAAGUCACCGACUCAAAAGCAAACCAAAUUACGCCACUAAAAUUAAAGAACAAGACAGAGCCUUGCCUCUUCAGUUCCAUGCACCCAUCUUGCCUGAUGAUUACUGAUGGCCUUGAAAGUAUAUACAAUGCAUGCACUAAUGAGGGGAACAGCUGCUCUCCAAAGAGCACAGUGGACAAAAAAGAAGACUCCGGAUUGCACGAGUUUUUUCUCUGAGGUGCCUUGCGAGUUUUCUACGUUAUGAUUCUGGGACUGUUUUUUUUCUCAUUUAAGUUGAAGACAACUCCUUUUGGAGAAAGAAGACAGAAUUUGAACAUAAACCUAUACAUUUUUUUAAUAUUAAAGGCCAGGUGCUUCCAUACAUCCUCCUGCACUCAAGGAAAAUGUUGAUUUUUCUAAUUCCUUUUACUGUAUGUGCUGGCUUUUUCUAUAGGAUCUGUACAAAUGUAUGCACUUUUCAGAUGCAGCUAAAUUCUUGAAAAUAUUUUUAAGUGUAUUUUGCAAAUAAAAUGGAAUUGACAGAAGUAUGAAGAUGCAAUUGUUUCUGAAAUACUGAGCAACAAAGUGUUUUUGUAAUAAUCUUUUAAAAAAUAUGCAUGCUUUUUUAAAAGAAAUCAAUCAACUGUUAGGAGUAGGAUAGUUUAUUUGUUAGUUAUAAUUACACAAUUCUUUGGGAUGUUAAAUCUUCAGGUUACUGUGCUAGUCUGUUGCCUUUUAUGCAAACUCAUUUUAUUCCAAAAUGUGAGAAAUAGACUUUAAUUUUUUAGAUCUGCUUACUUAGCACUAUUUGUUAAAGUUUGAAUUAUGAUGGACUCAUUAAGGUGAUUUGGACUGUGUUUUUGGUGAUACUGUAGUAUUCUGUUGAUUGGAAUCUGAGCCUUUGAAAUUAAACAUGCAAUCUAAUGGUGAGUAUAGAAGAUAAUGGCUGAUUAACUGCAUACAUCUUUCUGAACAAAGGCUUGCUGCUUUUGUAAUGAAAUUACAUUUCUGUAUUAGAAAUGGGAACUGUUUUAAAAAUGAUCUGUUUUACAUUUUUUGUAAUAAUUAUUUUGUACUGUAUAUCGUAAUCAUUCAGAUACUAAAAAUGGCAGUGCAAUACUAGAAGGAAUAAAAUUUCUUAAACCAAAA